AUGGCCGACGUUUUUCUUUCUGUCGUGGCUCUCGUCAAGGCUGGCAUUGAAUGCUGCCGAAACGCUCAAGCCUACAAGAAUGAGGCAGCCCGCAUUGGCAAGCGGCUGACACUGGUGGUGACACGGGCAAACGAAUGGAAAGUUGUUUUUGCAGGCGAAAGGAUGCGCCAUUUCCAUGAAGUUGUAAAAGACGUCUACCUCUGCUUACAAGCAGCCACUUCGCCUUCGUGCAACAAGAAACUCAAAAGGGCAAUACGAUCCGAAUUGUUGCUUGCCGAACUCCGUAGAGCAGCAAAUACUUUGGACGCAGCCUUCAAUGACCUUAAGACCGACCUUCUGAUCAACCUUCAGAUCAGCAAUCUCCUGAAAGACAAAAAUAAAGGGGUUUCCGAUUUGCUUGCCUUGAAUCAAUCAGGUCAUUACGCAACGAUCCAACAGCAGUUUGAUGAGGUCUUGAAGGACAUUCAUGAGAAUGCCGUGGAAGUUGUUGUGUCUUCGCCCUAUGAUUGCAUUGACAAUACGCUAUAUGAAGGACAUCCUGCUGCCUCUGCAGGAGGCAGGAGUGCCGUCUCACAGCAGCAGCAGCAACAACAAUUUCGCGCAUCUACCGAGGAUUUACUCGCUAUUUCGCUUACGCCAUCCUUGCUGGACUUCAGCGACGACAGUAAGAAUCUUUUGGGAGUUGGCGGCUUCGCGGAUGUGUAUUGUGGACUUUACAACAAGAAGCCGGUCGCUAUCAAACGCCUCAAGAUAAAUGAAAGCGACAUAGCCUCUCUCUCAAAAGAGCAGGUAGCCCGCGAUGUCGAAUGUCUUGCUACCGAGGCCCUCCUUACGCACAACUGUGGCACACAUUCGAAUAUCAUUAAUGUUAUUGGGUGCAUUACCACACUGAAUAAAAUUGACAGACCUGUGAUUGUCAUGGAGCUCAUGCACACUACACUUUUCCACGCCCUGCGUGAUCGAAGCCUAUCCAAUAGUCUAGGAUUUUCCCGUCUCCUCUUUCUCUUAAAAGGUAUUGCUGGAGCCUUGGAGUUCCUUCAUCUGCAAGGUAUUGUCCAUCAUGACGUCAAACCAUUAAACGUUUUACUGAACAAAGGUUUAACAGUAGCCAAGUUGGCUGACUUUGGCGAAUCGAAGGUGAAAGGCCUCCACACAACAAAAGCCCGUCUUGGUACAAUAAUGGCAUCAUCCUCUCGUCAGGGCAAACAAAUUGCAGGCACAGCCGCCUACCAAGCACCCGAGAUCCUCUCAGAAGAAGUCAGCCACACAUCGCGCGUGUGCGAGAUGUACUCCUUUGGAGUUACAGUGUGGGAAUGCAUGACUAAACAGAUUCCACACGGGGGCAAAAAGGAAUCAUCUAUAACUGUUUGGGCGAUGAAACAGAAGCACUUGCCCAUGCUUGUGGUUCCCUCCCGGCCUAGAGAACGUCUUUCUGAGAUUGAGUAUGUUUGCUGGAAAGCACUAAAGAUGAUUGCCACAUCAUGCCUUUCUCGCGACCGUACUGCAAGACCCAAUGCUUGCUUAGUGGUUACUCUCUGGCAGGACAGCAAAUAUCCACAGAUAGAGGUGCCAAUGUGUGUCCCGGAUCUGGACUCAUUGUCUACUAAUUCUGGAGUGCAUGUUGAUUCUCGGUUGUCAACUGCUCCAACCACGCAGGGCUCAACGAACCAGGAACAUGCGGGCGAUGGGCCAGACUACACCAACAGAUGUAACGCUGGAGUUACUUGGCGCAAAAUCCUGUGGGGGUUCGCAAUUGCUAUUCCUAUCCUGGGAAUCAUAGUCUUGGUUGUCUUCCUGCUGUUUCAAUCAUCUCCAGACCAACCAUCCCCACCAUUCAAUUCCACAACACAGUCCGAUAGAGAGAGCUCCAAUUCUCCGUCAACCUCCCUGCCAACCUCCCAACCACUAGCUACAGCGGAGCCCACUCCAGCGGAACCGACCCCUGCGGAACCUACUCCAGCGGAACCGACCCCUGCGGAACCUACUCCGGCUGAGCCCACUCCAGCGGAACCGACCCCUGCAGAACCGACCCCUGCGGAGCCUACUCCUGCGGAGCCCACUCCAGCGGAACCGACCCCUGCGGAGCCCACUCCAGCGGAGCCUACUCCUGCGGAACCUACUCCGGCUGAGCCCACCCCUGCGGAGCCUACUCCGGCUGAGCCCACCCCUGCAGAACCGACCCCUGCGGAGCCUACUCCUGCGGAACCUACUCCGGCGGAACCGACCCCUGCAGAACCGACCCCUGCGGAGCCUACUCCGGCUGAGCCCACUCCGGCGGAACCGACCCCUGCAGAACCUACUCCGGCUGAGCCCACUCCUGCGGAACCUACUCCGGCUGAGCCCACUCCAGCGGAACCUACUCCGGCUGAGCCCACUCCAGCGGAACCGACCCCUGCGGAGCCCACUCCAGCGGAACCGACCCCUGCGGAACCUACUCCGGCUGAGCCCACUCCAGCGGAACCGACCCCUGCGGAGCCCACUCCGGCGGAGCCUACUCCUGCGGAACCUACUCCGGCUGAGCCCACCCCUGCGGAGCCCACAAUGUAG